AUGAUCCUUGAAGGAAUAGAUAAAUUUGAAAGGCAUAUUCUGUUAAAGAUCUGACAUUAAUAUUUAGAUCUUGAGCUAAAGUAAGCAAGUUCUUAAAUAAAUUAUUUAGUUUGUCCUUUUUGGUAAGGUUGGUAUUUUUAGAUUUUAACUUGGUUAAACUAAAUAAGUUAAUUAAUUCACUAUUGUAUAUGCAUUACACAAAUUGA